AUGACUAUGUCUUCUCCCGUGGGACCAGAAGGAAUCACUCUGGCUCAGCCCGUCCCUAUUCCAACGCUGACUGUCCUGCCACCAUCCUCAGAUACAGAGUCCUGGUCUCGCUCACCUAGCCCCAGACUGUCACGCUCCAGCCGCCAUGGUCGAUUCCACCGCAGCAGGCCCCGAACCAAGAAACAAAACGAGGAAGAGCAAGGCUGCACCCCUAAACGGCAAUGGGGUAAAAAAACACACAUUCUAAUUGAGGAGACUGUGGAAAAGGGUACCAUUCAACAUCGUAGCCCCUCGCCCUCACCCUCUAUGUCCAGUCAGAUGGAGGGGGAUGAGCAAGGUCGGGACAGCCCUUCACAGGACCUCCUCCUGCCACCGUCUCGCUCCUGGUCUCGUAGUCCCUCUCCCAGUCGGCGCUCCCGUUGGUCCCUCAGAAGCCUGCUCAACAGAGACUCUGACUGGGAGGGCUGCAGUACGGCCAGUAACUCUCCACGCAGCACGCCCGGCAGCUCUCCCUCCUUGCGGCGCAGGGUCCUUGGGGGUGGCAGGGCCAGUGAGAGCGAGGGUGGUGGAGGAGAGAAGAGCAGUGGUGGAGGAGGAGGUGGUUCAGAUAGCCCCCUGCCCUCCAUACCCUCUGCCUCCUCCCUCACAUCCGCCUACCCACUUGCCUCUCGCCACUUCAGCCGCAAUGCCAAGAAAAUGCAGAGCUGGUACAAUGUUCUCAGUCCUACAUACAAACAGCGGAAUGAGGAUUUUCGUAAACUCUUUAAGAAACUUCCUGACACAGAGCGACUUAUAGUGGAUUACUCUUGUGCUCUGCAGAAAGACAUACUGCUUCAAGGCCGCCUUUAUUUGUCAGAGAACUGGCUUUGUUUCUACAGUAACAUCUUCCGCUGGGAAACCACUAUCACUAUCCUGCUGAAAGACGUGACCUCUAUGACCAAGGAGAAGACUGCCAAGCUCAUCCCAAACGCCAUCCAGAUCAGCACUGACAAUGAGAAGCACUUCUUCACAUCUUUCGGAGCAAGGGAUCGCAGCUUCAUGAUGAUUUUCCGUCUGUGGCAGAACGCACUGUUGGACAAGUCUCUGUCCCCCAAAGAGCUCUGGCACAUCGUACACCAGUGCUAUGGCACUGAACUGGGCCUCACUAGUGAAGACGACGACUACGUCUCCCCCACCGCCGAACACAUGAACGGCCUACUGCCAGGAGACGAGUCAGUCUCGGUCACAGAUCUGCUAGACCUGAGCUCAGUGUCGGUCCCCUCCACCGGCAGCUCUCCCCCUCCCCUGGUGCCCUGCAGUCCAGCCAGCCCUCCAUCAGCUGUCAACCUCGGGGGCUCCUCUCCCCCUUCCUCCGCCUCCUGUCUGCCCAUAGAGGUGCCUUCCUCAUCUGGACGCAGACUCAGCUCUGACCCCCUUGAACCCAGCCCGCCUAGCUCCCACAGCUCGCUGCCAUCGACCACUCCCACCAACGCCUCUGCCUCUGCUCCGGCCUCUGCUGCUGCCUCCUUUAAUCUGGAAGAGGGUGGGGAAAGCCUGUCCGAGUCAGCCAAUCACAUGCUGCCCCUGCCAACCACCAGUCUGGGAAACCUCUCCUCAUUGGAUAUCACCAAUGAUGAGGAAUUGCCUACAGACCCCAGCAACUCCUCUGACACACAAGAAGAGAGUGAAGUGGAGUCGUUCUGCGCCGACCUGAGCGGGCGGCUGCACAUCAACGCUGCAGUUCGAAUGAGUGUAGACAAGCUGCACGACCUGCUUUUCUCUGCUGACACACACUUCAUCCAGCACCUCUUCUCCCAGCGACACUUUACUGACCUGUCGGUGGGUGAGUGGCAGCAGGACAGCAGCAGCGGGAAUACCAGCCGCGUGCUUAGCUACACCAUCGCCCUCAACAACCCGCUCGGCCCCAAGACCGCCCCUGUGGUGGAGACGCAGACAUUGCAUAAGAGCAGUGCCCGGGGCGAGUGCUUCGUGGUGGACUCGGAGGUCAUCACUUCAGGCAUCCCCUACCAGGACUAUUUCUACACAGUCCACAGAUACUGCCUCACCUCCAUCAACAAGCACAAGAGCCGGCUCAGAGUUUCCUCAGACAUCUGCUACAGGAAGCAGCCGUGGAGCCUGGUCAAAGCGUUGAUUGAAAAGAACACCUGGAGUGGCAUUGAGGAGUACUACAGACACAUGGAGAGCGAGGUGUGCAAGCUGGAGACACUACUACAGUCUGAGGUUUCCGUGGUGACCACAGGCGAAGCAGUGGGCGCCGACGCCGCCAAGACCCCACCGGCCCUGCGGCGGCGCAAACGCACCUGCUCUCGACGGCAGGGCGAGAAGGAGAGAGAGAGGGAGGGAGGCGGCAUGGGCACCGGAGACCGAGGGGACAGAGGAGUCGGAGAGGAGAGGGACAGGAGAGAAGCCAGUUCCCAGUAUAUGAAGCUUGGGGAGCGUUCACGUGGUGGAGGACACAACAGUAUAUCCACCAUCCUCCUCAUCGUCAGCUUCAUGAUCUGUAUCAGUCUGGUGGUGCUGGUGGCUCUCAACAUGCUGCUGUUCUACAAGCUGUACGCUCUGGAAAGGGCGGCCCAUACACUGGAGACAUGGCACUCCUAUUCUGUUGCUGACAGUCCUUUGCCUCAGACAGCUGGCGAGUGGGCUCAGGUCUUACAGCUUCAGAGGCAGUUUCACCAGGCUCAGCUCAGCAAGUGGCAGCAGAUCCUGCAGUCGUCUGUCACGCUUCUCGAUCAGAUGAAGCAGUCUUUAGAAAAGCUCCACCGGGGCAUCGUGGUCCCAGAGGUGCAGCAGGAUCCACCUGAUGAUACCCUCACAGAGUCCCUGACUGAGGACUGAGCCCUGCCUCUUCUGGUCACCACAAACCCCCCCCUGACUGUCUCCCAUCUCUGAACACACCCUGGUAGAAAAGAGGGCGCUGGUUGACUUGGAUCAGGACACUGUUUGCUCUUUCCCUCGUUUCCACCGACGACCAGGAGUGGGACAUGCAGGGGGGGGACUCCAUUACCCACAACUCUCCUCACCUGACUGACUUGAAGUGGCUAUGUUUGCCUUCAGCCUGAACCAGAAACACCUUCAGUGAACUCAUGCAGACUGGAAGCUAUCAGGACCACAGCAAUAAUUUACCUACAGCUGCAAGUCAUCUGUACGUACUGUAUGGAAGCAGGCCACUGGUGGGCCGACUCAGACCAUCCACUCCUCAAGAAACAUUUCAAAAAGGCCAACUGUGUUUCAGAAUAACUGCUUCAGACCUCCUUCAUCUUCCUCCCAUUUUAUGACUAUCACAGACUUCAGUACUCUUCUGACAUGCAGCAUUUCAUAGGUGCAGUGGGAAGGGAUCGGUGAUUUCUGGGAGCUCGCCCUCCCAGACCGGGGAACAAUUAGAUACCUUUUGCCUCUAGUGAACGCCUGCUGAUACGAGAAGAGGGGGCACCACCUGCUGUGCGGACGUGAGGAACGAACGCCCGGAAGGAGAGGGGAGAGUGCUGACAGGAGCAGGACACCUCUCUCGCUCUUUCCGUCAGGGAUUUGUUCUUUUCACGUCCGAGCUGAGCCCCCUCGAAGGCCGUCGGUCCUCUGCGAAAGGGGACAAGGAACAUUUCACCACCAGACACUUUAGUUUUCUCCCUCAAUUUUAGAUGUAGGUUAUACAUCUGAAGAUAAAUCCCAAACACCCUCACACUCCUCCCAGUCCGGUCUGGGUUUUAUCCUUUUUCGAAAUCAGUGUGUUGGGUCGUUUGUUAGGACAUCAAGCUGCGUCGUUUUCUUUGGCUGUUAGAGUAUUUAUUAUUACCAAUGACUUUUGAUCUGAAGUCCUGUCCUGCUCUUAAGAAAUCAUUUGUUGGUAUCUUGUGCUCUGAUUUGCUGUUGCGGUGCGGACCAAGAAGAGCUGCGCGAGAAGGAUUACUGUCACAGCAAUAAUGACAAUAGUGAUUCUAGUACUUUUUGAAUGUUUCAAACAAAGUAGUAUAUAAUAAUAAUAAUAUGAUGAUGAUGACUUGUGUGUGAAUGUGUGUAGAGGCAGUGAAAAAACGAAGCAAAGAAGAUUUCGACCUGACAGAUGUGUGCGUGCGUGUUCACGAGGAGUCCUCAGAGUUACAUUUUCAGAUGUUACAUUUUCAUAUUAGCGUUUCUUAAGUUUGUCUCUGGAGAUUUUCGUUUUCACACGUGGUUGCUCACUCUUUGUAUCGCAGAGCCGGACUGUAACAGUUCAGGAUUUACCGUAGACUUGAUCAGGUGGAAACCUAAAUAUCAGAACAGCUACUUCGUUGUCCAACUGGGCUGGGCGCUUCGAAACAAAAGGACCAACCAGAAUUUUAUAGGCCCAGGUGAAGAAAAAGGGAAUCUGUUUUGCAGUAUUGUUUUUUUGUGUGUGUGUCUGUAAGACUAUUUUGACUUGUUUUUCUCUUUUUAUUCGAUUCCUUUUUCAUUUUCUAUCUUUAUUAUUUUGUCGUCUUUAUUUGUUGCUUAUUUUCAGCCAGUCCUCCCGUCCGCUCGAUUCUGGCCUCUGCUGAUGUGAAAACAUGUCACUCGUCUGUACUCCCGCUUUGUUUUCUUCUGCUCGUCACUCAACCCCACUCUUCCUCUCUUUCCUCUAUGUGCUCCUACCCUUCCCCCGCUCUUUCUCUCUCUGUUUCACUGAAAAUGGCGGCUACAGAAGCAUGUGGGCCAUGCUGUGCAUGGCUGUCCGCGGAUAACAAAGGGUGUAAUAUUUAUU